CACGGACCGACAUUCGACAUUCGAGUAUUCGACAGCCGCGGAUCGCGGAUGAGCGGACAGAUUAUAGACCUUAGAUUACAUAGUAUGGCACUACAAUACUAUAAUAUAAUAUGAUGUAAUCUGUGGGUUAAUAGUACCGAAUUAAUUAUAGUUGCAACUGUUGCAAGCGUCAAGUGAAAUGGCUCGUCGGCUCGUUGCCCAUUUACUGCAUUGCUGCGGUCUGUAACACUGUCAUCCAUCGUCCGUUGCGCAGUACUAAAGUUGUGCGCGCGUGCGCCCAUUGGCCGUCGGACGAUCAACGCCGACACUAGUCGCGUCUUCCGAAGAUCUUCGCGCUGCGCAUACGCACUGCUUGUCAGGCGGGUGCAAAGUACGCGUUCUCAUUUUCUUCCGUAAGCGUCCGCUGCCCGGCACGCGUUUUUUGGCCUGUCCGCCAUCGUUGUUGGCUUUAUUUUUCUUGCCGGCCCUUCCUCGUCGUCAGAACAGCCACUGCCACUGCAGCCGCUUCGAAUUCCAACGUCAAGUCCGUUGACGUCGAAUCGUCCAACUGAGCAGAACCCGUGCGAAGUAAUUCGCACUCUUUUUCCGUUAACUAAUUCCAACAAUUUGAUUGAUAAUGCCGAGAACUAGCCGUAAAAGGAAUAAUCGUCGUAAUGAAAGUACAGUUAGGGUUACUUCCAAUUUAUCAGCAAAUGCUCCAGAAUUUAUUCCUAUAGCGAAUGAUGAGGCUACUGCUAAUCAAAGAGAAGGUUUAGUAAUUCAGUCAAUGACAUUUUGUGGAAGUUCCAGUGCAUCGAAUAGUAGCGGGAGUAAUAGUAACUCAAACUAUGCAGCUACUACUAUAAUUUCUUCUAUACCAGAUGCAUUAAAAAAUAAGGGCCAACGAGAUUUGCUUAUUAAUCUUUUGAACGAAAAUAAAGUAGAUUGUGUUAUAUGUUAUGAACGGGUUAAAAAUAUUGAACAAACUUGGAACUGUCGUAAUUGUUACCAAAUUAUGCAUUUAAAGUGCAUAACAGUUUGGUUCAUUAAAUCUCAUGGCAAUGCCAUUUGGAGAUGUCCGGCGUGUCAAAGCGAGGUGACCGGAAAACCAAAAUAUGUAUGUUAUUGCGGCACAUUACCCAAUCCAUAUUUUAAUAAUGUGGACAUUCCACAUUCUUGUGGUCAAGUUUGUGGAUUGCCAAGAAAAAAUUAUAAUUUAAACUAUGAUGAUUGUCAUCAUAAGUGUACACUGCUUUGUCAUCCUGGUCCUUGUCCACAAUGUGUUGUGCAAGUUAUAAGAUCAUGUGGAUGUGGAAAAAAACAAGAGUAUGCUCUAUGUGGUCAGGCAACCCAGAUUGUAUGCAACAGUAUUUGUCUUAAAAAAUUAAACUGCCAAAUCCAUGAAUGUCAAAAAGUAUGUCAUGCUAAAGGCUGUGGACCAUGUGAUAAGGGUUGUCCUCAAUAUAGAACUAGAACUCCGGCGGCAGCACUAGCUUUACUUCAAUCAAGUGCAUCAUUUGCUGAAGCAAUUAUAGAAUAUAAUCGAUUACCACCUGACUCAGAAGUAACAGAGGAAGAAUUACGAGCACUAGGCCUGACUCCAGAAGAAUUAUAUGAGCCAAGGAGUAGUGUUUAUGAUUCAUAUUAUUCUACUUCUAGUAAUAAUCAUGAUGUUCCUACAGCUUUUCCUGUUAAUAAUGAUGAAUUUGUUAUGACUUUAUCAGAUGAAAGUGAUGUUGAUGAUGAUGAUUUUGAUGUUGAAGUCAAUGUUGAUGAUAUAGAUGAGAUUAUGCAAGAUAUUGAUUUUGGAUACCGCAAUAACUCAAAUUUUCCUGUAGUCUUAGCAAACCCACUCUCUGGCUACUCUGGUUCUCACGAGUUUGAAAUUGAGUAUCCAGUGACUGAUGAUGAUGAUGAUGAUAAUGAUGAUGAUGAAGAAGAAGAAGAUGAUGUAGAUGCAGAUGCAGAUGCAGAUGCAGAUGCAGAUGAUACUGGAGAAGAAGAAAAUGAUGAAAAUAAUGAAAAUAAUGAAGUGUGUUUCUGUGGCAAAUCUAAACGACAAGUACCAUGCACUCCUGAGAAUGCCAUGGUUUUAUAUUACAGCUGUGGAAAUCUGUGUGAAAAAAAAUUGUCUUGUGAAAAUCACUUAUGCCAGAAGGUGUGUCAUGUUGGUCAAUGUGACCCAUGUACAGCUUUAUCUGUUAAUAGAUGUCCUUGUGGAAAACGGCCAUUGACAGAAGACGAACUUAGUAACCGUACAUUAUGCAUACAGCCAGUACCCACAUGUGACCAACCAUGUGGAAAACCUCUAGAAUGUGGUCCACCAGAAAAUCCGCAUCUGUGUGAACAAAAUUGUCAUGAAGGCCCAUGUGUUCGCUGUGAGCUUAAAACAAAAUAUGUAUGUAAAUGCGGUAGUAGAUCUAAGGAAAUAAAAUGUAAUUCUGCUACCAGUGAAUUGACUUGCAAAAAGAAAUGUAACAAGAUGAUGUCUUGCGGUAAGCAUAGAUGUAUGGUAUUAUGUUGUAAUGCACAAGAGCAUAUAUGUACCAGAACUUGUAAUGGACUAUUAAACUGCCGUCAACAUCGUUGUGAACGCGUUUGUCAUUCUGGAAGCUGUUCAAUGUGCUAUGAAGCAAGUUUUGAAGAGUUGUAUUGUCGAUGUGGCAAUAGCUUUAUUUCUCCUCCUAUCAGGUGUGGUACACGUCCACCAUUAUGCACAUUACCUUGUUCACGAGAACAUGAAUGUGGUCAUCCAGCUACUCAUAUAUGUCAUAAUGAAGAUGAAUGUCCUCCAUGUAUAGCUCUGACUGAAAAAUUGUGUUUUGGUGGCCACGAGUUGCGUUUUGCUAUACCAUGUCAUAUAAAAAAUGUAUCAUGCGGAAUGCCUUGUGGCAUUCCACUUCCUUGCAAAAGACACACUUGUACCAAACCAUGUCAUGCACCGCCAUGUAAUACCGGUCCAUGUCAGUUACCAUGCAAUUUACCAAAAUUGGAUUGCAGCCAUCCAUGCUCCAAACCUUGUCAUAAUGGUUCAUGUCCACCAGUAGCAUGCAAAAUAAUGGUGAGUGUUAGCUGUGUUUGUGGGAAUUUGACAGAAGCUAGGAUGUGUUCUGACCCUAAGGUGAUUGAAUAUCGUCUUCAAGUUAAAGCACAGUCAAUGAGCUUCUUAGACAAUAUUGUUGACUCGUCGCCAAUCAUAAAAUCGUAUAAAAUCCUGGAAUGUACAACAGAAUGCGCUAAAUUAGAACGAAAUCGUCGGAUUGCUCUUGCACUUCAAAUCCGCAAUCCAGAUUUAUCUCCUAACGUCACUCCAAGAUAUUCAGAUUUCAUGAAAGAAUUUGCAAAAAAAGAUGCAUCAUUCUGUAGUUAUGUUCAUGAAAAACUUGCUGAAUUGGUCACUAAUGCGAAACAAUCUAAACAAAAUUCUCGAAGCCAUUCAUUUGAAGUAAUGAAGUAUGAAAAGCGGAAAUUGAUUCACGAGUACAGUGAACAUUUUGGGUGUGAAUCAGUAGCUUAUGACGCUGAACCAAAUAGAAAUGUUGUCGCUACAGCUCUUAAAGAAAAAUCGUGGCUUCCCAAUUAUAGUGUGGUAGAAGUUGUUCUACGUGAAAGCGGAUGUCCACGAGUCAACCCAUUUGCAAGUAUUCAAAAAAGAAAUACUAUUAUUCUGAACAAAAAAUUCUGAGAUCAUUAAAAAUUGUAUGUCUUGAUAUAGAAUCUAUUUUUAAAUAACCUUGAUAUUUCAAACAUAUGAUUAUUAAACAAACACAAUUUCAUAAUAUUAAAUAAUAAAUAUAUAACAUUUUGUUUUCUUGCUGUAUCAUUUUUGUGGGUAAUGGAUAAUUGAUUAAACAUUUUUGUUAGUUAUUAAAUACAUAAAUGUAUUGAAGGUUUAAAAGCAUUAUUUUUUAACCUCUUUUACUAUACAUGUUGAUAGUGAUAUAGAUUAUUUAGACAAAUAAAACACCAUUCUUAAAGUAAAA